CAAUAGAUGAUUUGCUGCGAUGUGGAAUUUGCUUUGAAUAUUUCAACAUUGCAAUGAUAAUUCCUCAAUGUUCACAUAACUACUGUUCUCUCUGUAUAAGAAAAUUUCUAUCCUAUAAAACUCAAUGUCCAACUUGUUGUGUGUCACAGAGACGGACCUGAAAAAUAACCGCAUAUUAGAUGAACUGGUAAAAAGCUUGAAUUUUGCACGGAAUCAUCUGUUGCAGUUUGCUUUAGAGUCACCACCCGUAUCUCCUGCAUCUUCCUCUUCAAAGAACCUUGCUGUCAAAGCACACACUCCUAUAGCCUUCAGACAUUCUUUAAAGCAGGGGAGCAGGUUAAUGGACAAUUUCUUGAUCAGAGAAUUGGGUGGUUCUACAUCAGAGUUGUUGAUAAGAGAAAAUAAAAGCAAAUUCAGCCCUCAAAAAGAGGCAAGCACCACUGCAGAGACCAGAGAGACACAUUCUGUAGAAAAGAUGGCUCCAGGCUCCUCAGAUGCUAAUGGUCCUGAGUCACCAUCUACAUCCACUUUGAAACAAGUUACUAAAGUGGAUUGUCCUGUUUGUGGGGUUAACAUUCCAGAAAAUCACAUUAAUAAGCACCUAGACAGCUGUUUAUCACGUGAAGAGAAGAAAGAGAGCCUCAGAAGUUCUGUUGACAAAAGGAAGCCGCUGCCCAAAACUGUAUAUAACUUGCUCUCUGAUCGUGAUUUAAAGAAAAAGCUGAAACAGCAUGGAUUAUCUAUUCAAGGAACUAAACAGCAGCUCAUUAAAAGGCACCAGGAAUUUGUACAUAUGUACAAUGCUCAGUGUGAUGCUUUGCAUCCUAAAUCAGCUGCUGAAAUAGUUCAAGAAAUUGAAAAUAUGGAGAAGACCAGGAUGCGUCUUGAAGCUAGUAAACUCAAUGAAAGUGUAAUGGUUUUUACUAAGGACCAAACAGAAAAGGAAAUAGAUGAAAUUCACAGUAAAUAUCGUAAAAAACAUCAGAAUGAAUUUCAGCUUCUGGUGGAUCAGGCCAAAAAAGGAUAUAAGAAAACUGUUGGAAUGUCACAAAAAACAGUAAUAACAAAACAAGAAGAUGAAUCUACAAAAAAGCUAUUAUCUGUGUGCAUGGGAAAGGAAGAUAAUAAAAUGAAGUUCUCAUAUAUGACCUCAGUAACAGACUACUUCCCUAAAUCACAACUGGGCUCCUCAAGGAAAUUGGAGUCUGAUAGACCAGAUGAUUCUUCUAGUUGUACUGAUAUUCAAGAAGUGCCUUCUUCACCAGAAUCAGAUUCAUGCAAUAGUUCCAGUUCAGACAUCAUAAGAGAUCUUCUAGAAGAAGAGGAAGCCUGGGAAGCAUCACAUAAAAAUGAUCUUCAAGACACAGAAAUAAGUCCAAGACAGAAUCGCCGCACAAGAGAGGCUGAAAGUGCUGAUAUUGAACCAAGAAAUAAGCGUAAUAGGAAUUAGUGUGAGCUUUUACUAACUUUUUUAAUGCAGUGAUCAGAAUAUGGUACUUUUCGUUGCCAUAUAUAGAGUUCAUAUUUAUAAAUGCCCAAGGAAAGAUGUUAAAUUGUAAAUAUUAUGGUUUGCUUAUUUUCAUUCUUUCCUGCCUUUCCAGGGAAGAAAAAAGUUACAAAACAUCCUCACUUGAUUGGUUGCCUCCUGCCUCUAAAACAUCUCUAAAAUACUGACACUGACAUCCACAUGCUCAUCGGCUUGCAGAGUGGGCAGACUCUUUAGCAGAGGGUUUGAUUUGGUUUGGUUUCUAAAUGUCAGAAUGUCUUUAAGCCAGUCUCCUUCUCUUCUAUGGAGAACGCAACUUCAGAAAGGGAUUCUUUCUUAACCUCUUUACCACAAGAAGCAGUUGAGGAGUUAAGAGCAUCUGUAUUUUUGGAAAGGCAGGAUGUCAUAAUUCACAUCCUUGAUAUGUGUAAGUACUGAUGCCAGGCUACCCACAUGUCUGUAGGACACCAGUUCCGUGGUGGUGAUUGUUGCCAGAAUUUAAUGUAGCAGUUUGUUAGAACUCUGUUUACACAUUACUUGGGGUAGGAUGUUAUAUCAUAAUUUAAAGUCACAAUAACUUUGAAACGUUGGGCAUAUUCUUCUGAAAUAGCACUUCAAAGUGAUUACUGUUAUUGUAUCUUUUCAUUUGGGUCAGUCAAAUCUUUAACACUUUGAACCCCAGCUAUUAAACAAAAAAGUAUGCAAUAAAUGAAUUUUGUAAAUGAA